CACUAAGAAGAGAUAUAAAUAACAGCUCGCCUAGUGAUAUCACCAUGACCCAAAAGCCCAUCAUCGCUGUGGCAGGCGCUGGAGAUCUUGCCAAAUAUUUUCUUGAAGAAGCAUGGACCGAUGGGACGUUUGAUGUCGUUGUGUGCACUCGACAGGUUUGGCGAAGAUAUUCCAGUCUAGACGAGAAACGAGAAACGAUGGCUAACCAGAAAUAGAAACGGGACUGGUUCGACAGACACAAUGUCCGGGUUGCCAUCACCGACUACUCUACCGAGUCAAUGACGGAAAUCCUCGAUUCGACUGGCGCCAUCGCCCUCUACGUCUUCUACAUAACGUUCGACUAUCCCAUGUUCGUUAAGGUCCACAACGACCUGUUAGACGCCUGUAUUCGUUCCAAGUCGUGCAAGCGCUUUGUGCCCUCUGAAUGGGCCGGCAACGCCCGUGACUUUCCCAGGGCACUGAGAUUCUAUACGCAGACUCGCCUUCCCAUCCGUGAGAGGCUUAACGCCCAGACUGACAUCGAAUGGACUAUUUUAUGCCUAGGAAUGUUUAUGGACUACGUGGUCCCGCUCGGCAAGACCUAUCUCAAGGACUACGGCGAGAUGGUCCCAUGGAAUCGCCAGAAAUGGGAGGCCGCGCUGGCAGGAACAGGAAACGAGCCGGUGGGAUUCACUUCUGCCCGCGAUGUGAUGAAGGCGGCAGUUAGGAUUGCCAAGCUGCCGAAAUGGGAAAACUACUUCUUUAUUGUGGGAGAAAACAGCACCCUAAACAAAAUCACCGAGAAGAUGGAAUCUUUUUACGGUCGCAAAUUCAACGCCAUAUGCUAUAAGACUCCCGAGGCAACAGAAAAAGCAAUGAAAGACCACGCAGGUGACGCUGAGAAGUUAAGUAUCUUGGAUGUUGACGAGUGGCUCUACUGCGGUGCUACACAUAUCCCUGAACCUGAUGCCCAAUCGCAUAAGGAGAGGUAUUUUCAGGAUAUCACGUUUCGGAAGGUAGAUGAGUUGCUUGCGGACUCGCAGCGGAUGGAUAAGGUCUAGAACCACAAGCAGCGAAUAAUCACAUGGGCUGAGUUAAGGGCGAAUCUCGAGUACAAUAGUCUAGUGGAUUAAAGAGAGCAGUUCUAACAAUGUGGCUUAUAGUAGUGAUCUCGGGGGCUUAGGGUCUCGCUCUGAUUGAUCAGGUACUAUGGAGUCGUAAAAGAAGUG